GUCCAAAAGAUUCUAAGAGGGGUCCCCACCCGCUCUCAGUGCGAUUUGCAAUAUAGAGAAACAGUUUCCGCGCCAAAGGAAACGAAGAAGAAGACGAAGCACUGUGGUGUCAAUGGAGGUGGAGGAUCGGUUCACAGAUUUGAACCCUAAGACGUGCGUGGUUUUAGGCGGCAGAGGAUUCCUCGGAAGAUCGUUGGUUCUGAGGCUGUUGAAACUCGGUAACUGGAUCGUCCGAGUUGCCGAUUCCGCUCAGUCCAUUCAACUCCAUGAAUCCGAGGCUCUCCUCGCACAAGCUCUCUCCUCUGCUCGCGCUUCUUACUUUCAUCUCGACCUUCGCGAUAAACGUCGCAUUGAAAAAGUUCUUGAAGGUUCUUCUGUCGUCUUUUAUAUGGAUGUUGCUGGCAUCGAUGUGAAUAACUUCUAUACUUGCUAUAAGCUUAUAUUUCAAGGUGCAAAGAAUGUCAUUAGUGCGUGCCGAGAAUGUAGAGUGAAACGCCUAAUAUACAACAGUUCUGCGGAUGUUGUAUUUGAUGGUUUGCAUGAUAUUCAUGAUGGAGAUGAAUCGUUGGCAUAUCCGGCGAAAACUGACAACAUGUUAAGUGACCUUAAGGCUCAAGCAGAAGCUUUGAUCCUGAGUGCCAAUGAUAUUGAUGGCGUAUUGACGUGCUCACUUCGUCCUAGUAAUGUUUUUGGACCUGGUGACACAGAAUUUGUGCCGUAUUUUCUAAAGUUAGCAAGAUAUGGUUUUGCAAAGUUUAUUAUAGGGACUGGUGAUAAUCUUUCAGACUUCACCUUUUCAGAAAAUGUUACCCAUGCCCAUAUCUGUGCAGAAAAAGCCUUAAACUUCCAAACAGUUUCUGUGGCUGGCAAGGUGUGUAUAUUGAAUAUGAAUAGGGUCCUUGUUUUGUACUUGCAGGCAUUUUUCAUCACAAAUCUUGAGCCUAUGAAAUUUUGGGAAUUUCUCGUGCUUUUGUUGGAUGGGCUUGGAUAUCAAAGGCCAUUCAUCAAACUUCCUGCUAAUUUGGUGCAAUACAUUCUAUCAGUUUUAAAGUGGUUACACGAAAAGUUGGGACCCAGAUACUUCAGUUAUCCUUUAUUAGUUAAUUUUUUUCAGUUAGCUUCAUACACCCGAACUUUCAAAUGCAUGGCAGCUCAAAAAGAUAUUGGAUACUUACCAACAGUCUCCCUUGAGGAAGGAGUCACAUUAACAAUAGAAUCAUUCUCUCAUUUAGCCAGAGACUCAUCUUUUACUAGAUGCUGCAGUUCCACUGAACAGUCAAAAGCAGAUAAGCUGCUUGGCGGCGGAAAAGUGGCUGACAUUUUGUUGUGGAGAGACGAGAAGAAAUCCUUUAUAUAUUUCCUUGUGCUGAUUUUGUUGUUUUACUGGUUUUCCCUUUCCGGAAGAACUUUUAUAUCAUCUGCUGCGACACUUUUGCUGCUUGCCACUUCAGUUCUUUGUGGCUAUGGUUUUCUGCCAUCAAAGUUAUUUGGUUUCUCUGUACAAAGAAUGCCCAUGUCUUAUUUUGAGAUCUCUGAUACGGUAGUGAAAGGUUCAGUUGCAAAUACAGCAUAUCUAUGGAACAAGGGUUUUCAAAAGAUAAGAGGACUGGCUCAAGGGGACGAUUGGUCUACAUUCGUCAAGAUUGCAGCUUUUCUUUACCUUCUGAAGCUGAUCCUCUCACGGUUAUUGACAACAUUGAUAGGCAUAGGUCUGGUGUUCGCAUUUAUGGCUUUUUUUGUUUACGAGCAAUAUGAAUCAGAAAUUGAUGGAUUGGUGGAUAUGCUGUUCAGUUGUUUGAAGGAGUUCAUGAUAUAUUUGAUGAGAAUUUCUCCUGUUUCGGUAUCGCGGUUUCUGCAUUAUCUUGACUACUUUCAGCGUUACGAAGGACCAAGAAAGGUAAAAGACCUGAGAUAGUGGAAAAGAAGUUUCAGCUUCGCUUCUGCGAUCCUUGAGCUCCAUUAGGCUACCUAUUUACUUGCAAAAAAAGAUAG